AGAAUUUCCGAUAUAGCAACACAGUUCUAUAAUCUACUCGAUGACAGAGAGCAGAGAUGAGGGUAACAGAGGUGAUAUUUACAUUUAUUCUCAUCACAUUGAUGUUGAUGGCUACACCAGAAGGAGCGAGACCAUGCGAAACACACCCCACUGCGAUAUGUCGCCGAAAUACAUAUCCAAGAUGGCAGUGUCCAAACACGUACAGGUGUAAUAGACGAACUGGAGACUGUUGUUGUAUGCUUCAGACAUGUCAGAACCUCACGGCUCAAUGUAAUCCUGAAUAUGACAAUGUGACUGGUGCUCCGUAUGCAUGCAGAGGGAGAGACAGCAAGCGAUGUAAAGAAGGAUACACAUGCAUCACUGGGCCUAUGAGUCUUUACAGUUUAUGCUGUGAGAAUUUUAUCUGCUAUGACAAAUCGGGGAACAAACGUCGAAAAUACGAAGGAGAAUGGACUGAGUCUGAUGGUUGUACUGUGUGUACUUGUGAAUCUAAUAAUAAGCCCAAGUGUGAUAGCUCAAAAUGUAAAACCAUGUGUGGUGAAUUUUCUCAUUUUUCCCCUUGCCCCAAUUCAUCAUGUGGAAAAAAGGUCCAAAUUAGAAAGUGUAGCAACUCAGAUAAAGAUACAGUAUCACAACGUAAUUCUGAACUGAACAUGGUGGUAUGUCACCCCCUACCCCCUGCCAAAUGUCCCCAACCAGGGAUCACUUUAUCUGACAAUGAGGGCAUAAUCAUAGGUGGGGUUGAGGUGAAGCCAGAGUUCAAUUAUCGCUGGAUGGUUCAUUUUUCUUAUGAUGGUGCCUUGCUUUGUGGUGGUUCAAUUCUCAGUCCACGUCACAUUCUAACAGCAGCACAUUGUUUUCUCUAUGGUUAUGGUCUAAUGCCAAUUUCUCUGAUUAAAAGGAACGUCUUAGUCAAAACGGGUAAGCAUCAGUUAUCUAUAACAGAACCUCUUGAACAAUCGCGAACAAUUAAGAGUGUAACCAUUCAUGAAAGUUUUGAUAAGAACACAUUGAACAAUGAUAUUGCUAUUGUUACCCUUGAUUUACCACUUCAGUUUAAUAAGCAUACGCAUCCAAUCAAUCUCCCAACUGGUAUAUUUAAUAUUAAAACCAUUAAGAAAUUAAGAAAAGGUUGGUGUGUGGUUAUUGGAUGGGGAGAUACGAAUGGUACAGUGAGUAAUUCUAAAUCUGAUGUUCUAUUGGGGGUAGCGCUUAAUCUUGAAAGGAAGUGUUUCCUUAGAUUACAAUCAGAUAAACAAAAAGUAACUAACAAUAUGUUCUGUGCUUCUGCUAAAAAUCCUAAUAAGAUGCAUGGGCACAAAAGACUGGAUUCAUGUUUUGGAGAUUCUGGGGGACCUUUCAUGUGCCGUGAGGGGAAAGAAUGGUUUCAGUAUGGUAUAGUUAGUUGGGGACCUGUUGGAAUAUGUGGGGACCAAACUGGGGUCUAUACCAAGGUAUCUAACUAUAUAGAUUGGAUCAAUAAUGCUAUCUCAACUCCCGGGGGCUGGGGAGAGUUCAGUGGGUAUUCACCAUGUUCAGUUUCAUGCGGAGGUGGAACCAAGUCCAGGGUGAGAAUAUGUACAAACCCUGAACCUAUUGGCAAU